UUGUUGUGGCUGAAAGUGAGGAAUUGAGACCCUGAAGAAGAGGAAACAUCUGCUUGAAUUUAUAUAGAGGGAAAAGUUGCUUUUGAGAAUCCAACUGUAGGAGAUCCAAGCAGCCAAAAGCACUGCAGGAGAUUAAAGAAGUUCCGGAAACUGUGAAGGAAAUGACCCAAAGAACUGUCUCAAUAUCAGUCUUGCAACACUUCCCAUGAAUCGGAUACUAUGCAAUGAAAAAGUAUUGUCGCAGCAGUACAACAGCUUCAGGCUCAAGCAUUUCAAUCAUCUCUGAGUCUCAGACCCAAGACCCUAAGGUAAACAAGAUACCAGCCUUUUGCAAGGAGGAGGUUUCAUUCCUGUCUAUUUCCAAGGACAAGAGGAUGGCUGCCACUCUAGGACUUAUUUCCAUGCUUUGUUGCGUCAUGUUAUUUCCUAGACUGCAUGCUGUCAUUUUGUAUACAGAGUCAAACUCAUCAUCCUCACCCAUUGCCAACUUGACGCUGAAUCCCGAAAAACUAAAGCUGACCUGGGACAGCAGUGUCACUGUUACUGAAUACACCUGUUCUAUGAAAGCAGGCAAGAGAGUAGUACGGAAAACGGUGUACAAUAAAACCUGCAUGUUUAGCAUAAGCCAAGCUAAGCCUAUACAUAAAGGGGCAUUAUUUCAAGUUCAAGCAACGUACAACAACACUUUCUAUUCAGGAGAAGGCAGAUUCAUUCCUCAAGGCAUGAAUGGAACUUCUGUUGAAAAUUUCUCCUGUGUGAUUUACAACAUUUCCUUCAUGAAUUGCACUUGGGAAGCCGGCAGGAAUGCUCCAGAAGAUACCCAAUAUUUUCUUUUCUGGCAAUACUCAAAGGAAGAAGAUGAACAAGAGUGUCCACAUUACGUAAGAGAUGCACCUGGAAGACAUAUCGCAUGCAGUUUUCAAGAUGUGAAAGACAUUAAAAAUACAGUUUACUUCCUGGUGAAUGGGUCCAGCAAUGAAUCGGAGAUUCAGUUUUAUGAUGAGUACAUCGCACUAUAUGAAAUUGAAAAACUCACUCCUCCAUUAAAUAUCACUGUAAGCUGUUCUGAAGACCGAGCAGAGUGUAUAGUGCAAUGGAAAUGGCCCCAGCUAAGCCAUUUGGAAGGAAAUGGAGAUGGCUGCUUUGAGUAUCAAAUUGACAUUCAAAAUAAGAAAACUAAUGCCAAUCCCAAGGAAAGCUGCAAUGAGUGUCCUACGGUAACAGAAACAAGCUACACAUUUCAGAAUUACAAUGGGGAAAAAAAAUACUCCUUGCAAAUCAGAGCAAAAGGAGAUACUUGUCGCAUAAGCCAGAAUUGGGGGGAAUGGAGUGAGCCCAUUGAGUUUGGUACAGAUGGUAACCCAGAUGAUGCAGUUCUUACAUAUGAAACUGUUUUACUCCUCAUAGCACUUGGAACAAUCCUUGUGGCACUGGUAAUAUUUUUUCUCUGCAAAAGCUGCUCUGAGCUGAGGUGGGGCUGAACACCAGAACUGAGAUCAGAGAACCCAUCUCCCCUGUCUUCUCAAUGACCUCCUGCUAGCACUCAGGCAACAUGGAGAAGGGAGGAGUGUGAUUCAGAUGCAGGGAGAUCAAGAGCCCAAUGUAAGGCAUUGCAUGAGAAGUCUUGGGGAAUAGAUUCGGACAAGGAGUGUUGGGAGCAAAAACUGGGCCUGGCUGGGCAAAACUACAUCUGGGAGCCAAAGAGAGAAAUGUGGGAAAGACAGGGAGAGAAUGGGUGUGGGGGAAACUGAGAUUGAAUGAGAAACUGAGUGAGAUUGGGACUGGAAACCAGUGGGAUGAGGAGAAGGUGUGGAGAGGGGAGAGAGAUUUGACAAUGAGCUGGGCUGGAGGAGGAGAACUGUGGCUAACAGGGCAAUGAGACUGGGACAAGCAGCCAGGGGAGGUGAGAACACUGAGAUUGGACGAGAAGCCCCAGGAGAGAGACUGGGAGCAGGGGAGGAAACUAGGACUGGCUGAGCAAGACAGCUGGGGACAAGGAACUCAGGCAUGAGGAGAGGGAGGACUAGUAAUGGCUGGGCAAGGAGAUUGGGAGUUGGAGAGGAUAGUGGCUGGGCCUUACUGGACAAAGAGCCUGGGAUUGGGAUCAGAUGCCUAAGGAGUGGAGACUGGAACAGGCUAGUGAGGAGAAUGGGAGUGGUAGCUAGUGGUGGGAUAGAGAUAGGACUGUGAGAGGAACAGGUUGUGGGGAAUGGGGAAGAAAGGGUAAAGCCAGUGGGGGAUGGACAGAAGAGUCUCUGCCCUCCGGAGCCUGAAAUGGAACCCAAGAUCCCUGAGUCUCAUAAUUCCCUUGCUGUCAGCAAAAUCUGUGAACCCCACUGGCAAAGUGUCCCAUCUCCCUCUAACGUUGGUCCACAGAGGAUAACAACCUACUAUUGGUAUCAGUUAUCUAUUAGCUGAAAUGGCAGAGGUCUAUGUGGUAGAGGUUGAAAGGUUCCAAACCUGCUGAUGAUCCAUGAAGGUGUCAAUUUGAUGCCAUAUGAUAGAAUUUCUGCUUUUUUUUCAACUGCCUUUUUUGAAAACUUUGGCAAUUACACACCAAAAAUCCAUUAAAUCACAUUAAUGUGGUAAAGUCAAGCACUCAGAAGUUAGGAAAUGGCAACUUGUACAACCUUGAUUUAUCAUCCUUCUACAUAUGCAUUAUGAUACAGUCUUUAAUUGCAUGAUCACAUGCCAUUUUUUCCACAGGACCUCUGCCUCAUUCAGUGCACAGAAUGGUGCACAUUUAAUGAACUGCUAGUCAUUAUUUUGUUUUAUCCUCAUUAUUCAGUCUGUGGGCCCCAGGC